AUGGACAAGUUCGAGCAACAAGAGGAGCGGCUGCUCGAGCGCGAAAGCAGUGAUGAUGGAGAGGAGAUUCGACAAAGGAAUGUAGAGGCCAGUGGCGUGAGGAAAUACAUCCCAGCAAUUGUCCUCUGUCUACUCGUCGUAUCAAUAGUCUGGAACGUAGUUCUCGUCGCGAGCAUCCAGACUUUAACAGGUCUCAAAACCAACACACCAAUCCCCUACAAAAUGCACACCCCCUUCAUGUCCCCAAACCGCAGCAUAUCCGACCCCCUCUGGACCACCCUCGACUCGCAUCCAAUUCUAAUCGCCCUCUCGCAACCAUACAUUGCAUCCCACGGCCUCGCCCCCUCCGCCACAUGUCCGCAAGACCCGUCGAAACAACUCUACCAAGUUAAAGCGCUGCAUCAUAUCCACUGCCUCGUAAGCCACUACCCCCACCCCCAGUAUGGCUCUUUGCUGAUGUGUGGGCAAUUAGAAAUCCAUACGCAUGGCCUACCUCGAUGCGUUGGAGGGUAG